AAGCCGUGGCGUGAGGAGGAAACGGAUAGCUGCUGCGUCUCAUAAGUGGUGCCGAGAAGACAGUGUGUUUGUGUUAGUGUGUGUGUGUGUGUGUGUGUGUGUUUGUGUGUCAGGUGUUUACGCCGACGUGGAAAACAUGGAGGAAGAGAAGGUCCUGCCCGUCAUCGACCUGAGCCUGGCCAAGGGUCACACGCGGGCCGGCCUGGUGAAGGAGCUGCACGAGGCGCUCACCACCGUGGGCUUCAUCUACCUCAAGAACGUGGACGGCUACGACGAGGAGGCGCUGCUGCGACACUCCAAGUGGUUCUUCAGCCUGCCGAUGGAGCAGAGGAUGGCCAUCUCCAAGAAGUCUUUCAACCCUAAGUGCAGCAGCGAGUACCGCGGAUACUUUCCUGUCAUCCCCGGCGCCGUGUCCCACAAGGAAGCCUUCGAGAUCGGACCGAAGCAGGGGAAGCCGAAGGAGGGACUCAUAUCGCUGGAGGAGAAGUUCAUCAUCGAGGACAACCAAUGGCCUCUAGAGUCUAGAGGAAUCCGAGGAGGGCAGGAACUUCAGGUUAAAGGGAUAGGAUGUUAGAUUCUCUUUUUUUUUUUUUUAUCUUUUUAUAUUUUUCUUUGUUUGUUUUUUUAUUUACUUUAUUUUUAAUUGUUUGUUUUUCUUUCGUUUUUUCUCUCUUUCUGUUAUUCUUUUCCUUUCUUUCAACCUUUCAAUUAUUUUUUCAAUCUUUCUGUUUUUCUUUCGUUCUUUCGUAUAUUUUUUUUAAUCUUUUUUAUAUUUUUCUUAGUUUUUUUGUGUUUUUUUUCUUUUUCUUUUUCUUCCUUUUUUUUCUUUUUAUUUGUUUGUUUUUCUUUCGUUUUUCUCUCUUUUUGUCUUUCUUUUUCUUUCUUUCAAUCUUUCAACCCUUUUACCAACCUCUCUUUUUUCUUUCUUUCUUUCGUUCUGGCUAUCUUUCCUUCCUUCUUCUUGCCUUUCUUUACUUAUCUACUACUAAUCAACACUAUAUUCAUCUACAUCUACCUCUCAUCUUUACCAUUCCUCCACCUCUCUUUCUGUCAGACAUGGAUGGAGGUCUACCACGAGAAGAUGACCGAGGCUUCGCGGGAGCUGCUGAGCCUGAUCGCGGAAGGUUACGGAGCACCCAGCGACUUCUACGCCGACAUCUUCAGGGAUCCGCAUCUCUCCACGCUCCGGCUCAUCCGCUACCCGGCCAGACCCAACCCGACAUAUGAAGCCCGUGACGGUGACGCGGGUAAGUGAUGGUGUGUCUUUGAUCCAGACGGCCGAACACCAGGACACCACGAUGGUCGCGCUGCUGGCCACCUUUGCCGAGUACCCGGGGCUGCAGGUUCGCUGGUGGAAGGACGACUCCAUCAUCGACGUGACGCACAAACCCGGCCACCUCGUCAUGAACAUCGGCCAGCUGCUCUCCUACACCAGCGGCGGGGCUCUCAAGGCUACCAAACACCGGGUGAUCGACUGCUGUGGUGAUAGGCUGUCCGUCCCAUUCUUCCUGGAGCCACGGUUCCACGCCAACGUGAACGUGGUCCUGCCGGGGUGCGAGCAGAGGGAGAGUCAGCCCAAGUACUACGGCCACUGGCUCUUGGAGGGGAUCAGAAAGUGGGCCGAAUACAAGGAUCUCUGCAGGCGAAUCGAAACACAGACCGCGAAGACACUGUAUGAGGGAGAAGAAGAUGAGGAUGAAGUGAUGAUGUGGACGAAAUAGAUAGGAGGAAGGGGAAGAGGAGCAAGAGGAUAAGUGAUGAUGAUAUAAGGAUAGGGACGAUGCUGCAAGGAGGAAGAGGGGGAUAUUUGGUGAUGGAGAGGAUAUAAGGAAAGAGAAGAAGAGGAAGAGUAAAAAGAUAAGGUUUUAGUUCAAUGAGAGGUAAUAGCAGGGAGUAGAUUCAAGAAAGAGGAUGAGAAAUUGUGAAGAGGGAAGAGGAAAAGCAGCAAGAGGAGGAGGAGGGGAAUACUGUAAUAAUAGAGAUGAUAUGAUACAAUAAAGAGGAAUUACAUAGGUGUUGCGAGCAGAGGAGGAGGUGGAAUUAGAAGCAAUGUAAGAAGCGCAUUCGAUAAACAGGUAGAGAGCAGAGACAGGUGAAUAAAUAUGAGGAAGAAGAUAACAACAGAGAAUAUAUAAGGAGAGAGACAGCAAUGGAGGAAAAAAGAGGAAGGGAGUGUGAAGGUAGAAGUGUGAGGUGAAAUGUAAAAAAAAAAACAUUACCACCACCACUAAUAAUAAUAAUAAUAAUAAUAAUAAUAAUAAUAAUAAUAAUAAUAAUAAUAAUAAGAGUGUAUUGUCAUUCUUGAGCUAGGUAUUUCCAGGUAAGCAAUCAGAUAAAUAAGAUUAAGAUAAAGAUGAUGAAAUGACAGGUAAGAAUGAUGAUGAUGAUGACGAAGAUGAAAC